UACCGAAUAUGGCAUCGUAAUAGUAUGCAAUGACCUUCGUGACACGUGUAGCGAUUGGUUGUCUAUGACGUCAGUGAUAUUCGGGGUUCCUGGUCGAAACGUCAACAAAGCAAAAACGUAAACAAACGAGAUGGCAGAUAUUCCAGGUCCAUCGAGCCUUGUUUUACAAGAUGAAAACUGCAACAAAGAAAAUCUUGACACCAAUUUUGAGCCUGAGAGGAAGAAAAUGAAGACAGAAUAUAACCAAAAAGAAAAGGAAAAUCCAAAUAAAUUGGAAGAUCGGCUUAGUGGAAUCCUUUGCUGCGCAGUUUGCCUUGACUUGCCCAGGACUUGCUUUCAGUGCACCAAUGGACAUCUGAUGUGUGCAGGAUGUUACAAUCACCUGCUGGCUGAUGGAAGGCUGAAAGACGAGACGGCGACCUGCCCUAACUGUCGCUGCGAGAUUAACAAGAAUCUGUGUACGCGUAAUCUGGCGGUGGAGAAGGCGGUGUCCGAGCUCCCGAGCCUGUGCCAGUACUGUGGCUGCCAGUUACCGCGCAAUCAAGUGGACCACCACCAGAGGGAGCUCUGUCUAGAGCGGUCCACAUGUUGUAAAUACUCUAGAAUUGGUUGUCCUUGGCAAGGACCCUUUCAUGAGUUGGCAGGACAUGAGCAGAGCUGUAUCCACCCGAGCAAGCCUGCAGACGACAUCAUGGACGCUCUGUCACUGGUGGAUAAAAGGAGAGAGGAGGAGCUAAGAGUCUACAGCAAUCUCUACAAUCUACUCUCCUACGAGAAAGUCACAUUCAAUGAUUUGCAGCUGAAGCCCUACAGGACUGAUGAUUUCAUCACCAAGCUGUACUACGAGACCAGUAGGUUCUCUGCCUUUAACCAUCAGUGGGUCAUCAAAGCCAGAAUCAACAACGACAAACCGACCCAGUCUGUCUCAAGGUCAAUGUCGUAUCAACUGGUUCUCAAGGGCAAGGUCACUAACCCAAUACAGGUUAAGUUCAUCGCCCUGAAGGGGCCGUACGGUGACAUGAAGGUCAACCCUGCAAUUAACAUGCAUGAGUUCUCACCAGAAAACGUAGAGACUGAAUACUUUGACCUCCCCAUUGUGAAUUCCUUAGAGUGUAACAAAGUAUUAGCUUCCAAAACAAUAAAUGUUCGAUUAAUUAUGGUUCAUUUACAAUAACCAUCCAAUCGUUGUAUUAGCAUUCACCAUGUAAUGAAUGGCUAGACCUUUUUUGGAAUCUCUGUAAUUAUUCAGUAACAAUGGCAUUUGAUUCAGGUUUUAAUUAAAUAAUUUUUUUAAGGGAAUAAAAAAAUGUCACUUGUGGUUCUCUAGUCAUUCUAUUUUUUUUUAGAUAGAAUUUUAUUGUCAUUGUCAAAACAAUUUUUUAUCUUUUUCUCCCUAAUAAAAAUGAUAUAAAAUUGUUUAUUAGAUUUUAUCCGUUUUUAAUUUUGUCAAAAUAGUACAUCUUAGAAGAAAAGUACAAAAAGGAUUACUUAUAAUAGUUCAGUUUUUACUCUGUUUUUUAAUUGACAUUAUUUGUACAGCUGUAAAUACUUUGCAAGAAGUAAAAAACGGGUCAAUUGUGUUGUUUUUUUUUGUGGUGUAACCUCAGACAUGCUUUUGUACGUGUAAUAUGUAAAUAGUCUACCAUUCUUGUUCAUGUUUCCUCCAUUUUACAUUCUCUGUUUUCAUCAAAAGAAAAUUCAUUUGAUUA